AUGGCACAUCCGCGGCCUUCGCAUCGUGGGCAUUUCCACGUCGCCAUUGUAUGCGCCCUCCCUCUCGAGUUCGAUGCCGCCCUGUCGCAAUUCGACGAGGUAUGGACAACCAACCCUAGCGGCGCAGCAUUUGGCAAGGCCCCCAAUGACCUCAACACGAUGGGCAAAGUCAACGCCGCCGUUGUCGCCAGUGACCUCCGCCAUAGUUACCCCAACGUGCGCGUAACCCUGCUCGUCGGCAUCUGCGGCGGUGUUCCCAAGUCAGGGGAUGACGAGAUCCUCCUCGGCGACGUUGUCAUCAGCCGUUCACUCGUUCAGUAUGACUUUGGGAGAGAGUAUCCAGACGGGUUCCGCCGCAAGAACAGCGCUAAAGACAAUCUUACUGGACCCAACCAUGAGAUCAUGGGUAUUCUAGCCAUGCUCGACACUGACGUUAAAGACCUGAUGCGCAAAAGGGCCCUGUCAUGUUUAAAAGACUUACAACAACGCAAACCAAAAUACGCCUUCCCCCGGACAGCACGUGACAGGCUGUUCCAGCCCGAUUACCGCCAUAAACACCAAGGUUCGCCCAACUGUAAGUGCCGGGAUCAUGGCAACGAGCUUGACCCAGUCUGUGAGCAAGCAAUAGAAAGCUCCUGCGAAGAUGUGGGAUGCGAUGACACUUUCCUCGUCCAGAGGAGUCGCCUCGAGGGGCGAGUGGCGGAUGCUGACGAUGCCGCCUUCGACCCCACCAUCCACGUCGGGCCUGUUGGUUCAGGGGAUACGGUGAUGAAGUCCGCUAUCAGACGUGACAAAGUCGCCGACGCGGAGGGCAUCAUCGCGUUUGAGAUGGAGGCUGCUGGCAUCUGGGAGCACCAGCCGUGCCUUGUGGUUAAAGGGGUCUGUGACUACGCCGACAGCCACAAAAAUAAGAAGUUCCAAGAUUACGCGGCAGCAACCGCGGCAUCUGUGGCAAAGGCACUCCUCGAGCUGCAUACGCCGGCGGAGAACUCGGAACCCACGGCGGACAAACUUUCCACGCUAAAAUGGUCCGUCCCGUUUCCGCAAGAUCCUGACUUCGUCGAUCAACCCAAUAUUUCCGUCUGGCUGAGGGACAAGUUCAAGCUCCCGGGAGCACGUGUUGCGCUUCUCGGUCUUGGGGGAAUCGGGAAGUCCCAGCUCGCUAUCCAGUUUGCAUACACCGUCCGAAGCAAAUCGCACGUCUUCUGGCUCAACGCGAGCAACAAGAGUACCCUGGAGGGAUCAUAUCGCUCCAUAUCUCAUACGCUAGGUUUGGACACCUCCAACGCCUCGUUCGGCGACAUCAGCACCCGUGUCCACGACUGGCUUAGGGAGGAACCAAACGGCCGGUGGACGGUGAUACUCGACAACUUUGACGACUACUCUAUUCUCACCGACGACGACCCACGUCUAGCCAAACUCUUACCUCUAGCUAACAACGGAUUCACCCUAAUUACAUCUCGUACGCAGACGGCGGUCGAAAGACUGAUUGGAAACAGCAAAAAUACCUACCAGGUUGAAGCCAUGAGCGAGGAGGUGGCCACGGAGCUGUUCCAGUCGAAGCUCAGGGAGCCGUGUGGGAAAGAGGAAGCACAGGAGGUGGUCCGCCUCCUCGACCACAUGCCUCUGGCCAUCUCCCACGCCGCAGCCUACAUCAACCGUCUCAGCUCCCGGGUGACGGUGAGAAAAUACGCCGAGAAGCUCCGCAGCAACGACACGCAAGGCAAGCUGCUCGACUGGGAGCACGACGACGACCGUCGCUACCACGGCGCGUCGACCUCAAUUCUCGGCACCUGGACCGUCACAUUCAACCAGAUCCAGCAGGAGAGGCCCUCGGCGGCCCAUCUGCUAUCCCUAAUGAGCUUCUUCAGCCCCCAGUCCAUCCCAGGGUGGGCCCUCAAAGCCUGGUACGAGUCCGAACCCUCAGCACUCCCGUACUCGACGGCCAGAGACACCCUCCCCUCCUUUGCAACCACGCUGCUCUCCUCUGUCAGCGCAGGCCGUCGCUACCUCAGCCGCCAGCUGAAGGUGGAUCAGAAAUCCCAGGCCUGGGGGCGCUGGGCGGGAGCCGACUUGGCUAAGGGGGGGGCUGGCCCGGCCAAGCCAAAAAAGGCGCGGUUUUCGUCCAUCAGCAAAACGCUGUCCAAGAGCUGGCGGUCAUCCAAGUCGGAGACUGGCAGCGUGAGUGAUGUCGCUUCCACCGUUACUGCCGGGCCCGGCGACGAGUUUGAGGCAGAUCUCGAGACGCUGCUGGGAUACUCACUGGUAGUCCCGACGGCGAGCGAGGACGUGUUCAAGAUGCACUCUCUCGUCCGGCACUGCACCCAGACGUGGCUGGCACGGUCCGGAGAUUUCGGGGUGUGGAAAAAGAGGUUCAUGCUAGUCACCUCCAUCAACAUCAAUGCCUUCACCGCGCGUAACCGGCUGCAGCAAGGUCUCACCAUCCAUUUUGACCCUCUGGCCGAGGAGGAGCCCGAAGAUGCGCCGACGGCGAGACUCUGGUUUGGCCUUGCUUGGUCCAUCUACCACAGCUGGCAAGAGAACGGCGUCGUGUCGACGCCGUUGAUGAACAAGAUGGUCGCCGUGGGCGAUAGGCUCUUGGGGCCCGCAGACAGGUUUACCCUCAGCGCCAUGGAUUUGAAAGCGAGGUCUCUCCGGUCCCAGAGGGAAUACGCCAACGCAGAGGCUGUGUACAAGGAUAUCCUUCAGCGGGCCGAGACGACCGACCAGCAGGACUCCUACGUCGUCCAAGAGGCGAGGCUGGCAUACGCUAGAAUGCUGUUGGACAUCGGCCGGCUCGAGGACUCGGAACGACUCGCACGGGACAUUGUCGAAGACCGCAUGCGGAUCUACGGCCCGCAAGACGAUGAGACUCUCUGGAGCCUGGGCAACCACGCCUCCGUGUUGACGGAAAUGGGAAAGUUUGAGGAAGCCUGUGGUAUUAUCAAGCAGCUGCUCCAAGAAGACUGGACGAACAGAGAUGUCUUUGUACACGAGCGCACCGUGAAUACGGUUGCCAGCGCCGCGCUGUUCAUGGGAAGGCACAAUCCGGCCAAGGAAGUAGAACCGCUGUUGCGGGAGAUGACCGACUUCAUCGAAAAUAAUCCAAAGACGUGCGCUUGGUUUCCCUACAUCGUACACGGGCCGUUCCACCACAGCCUUUCGGAGUGUCUCGAGAAGCAAGGGAAGAAAGACGAGGCAGCACAAGUGUACAACGUCGGCAUCGAGCUCAUGGCCAACGUCAUCCCGCGGCCUGAUCUCCAGCCACCGGCACUACUGGAGAGCUUUCUGGACGAAACGAAUGACGACGGCGAACGCAGGGAGAAGCUGCUGCAGAGCGUCAUUGAGAACCUUCACGGGGAGAGCGCAAAGCCAGACGACGCCUUCUACUGGGGGAUGGUCAACAUCAGCCGUCGACUGAGCAUUCAGGGCCGGAACGACGAGGCAUUCAAGCUACUUGACGCCAUCUGCGACCACUUGAACGGCCACAAAGCUUACGGCAGCACAGACAAGGUGACGAGACGAGCACUGUUGUUUUCGGGACACCUUCGAGAGAGCGUGGCCGAGAGACGACAGAAGGAUGGGGGUGGGGGGGCUGAGAACAGGAGGCAGAGCGUCUCUGUGGACUCGGGCGCUGAGACGCUGAUAGAGGCGCCUCUAGCCUAG